AUGGUCUCCAAGGAAAGCCCCAUCAUCAUCGUCGGAGGGGGAGCAUUCGGCCUCUCAACAGCUCUGCAUCUCUCCCAGGAUGGAUAUCGCAACAUCUCUAUCUUUGAGCAAGAUGACCAGAUUCCGCCUCGCUAUUCCGCCGCCAAUGAUCUGAAUAAAAUCGUUCGGGCCGAAUACGAGGACCCAUUCUACACAGACCUUACACUUGAAGCUAUCUCUGCGUGGAAAACGCCCCUCUUCGCCCCGCAUUUCCAUCAGACAGGCUUUUUGCACUGUGUCUCGGGAAAUGCGACCGAGAAAGCAAUUGCCACUCUCAAGCGCUUCCAAGAGUCGGCCGACCGCCAUCCACAGCUCAAACCUCACGUCGUGCCCGUGGAAGGGAGGGAUGCCAUUCGCCAAUGGUUCUGGCAGGCAGACGGCCAGCUUCUUGGAUGGAAAGGGUACAUGAAUCAGUACGACGGAUAUGCUCAUUCUGGGAAUGCGCUCGCGGCCGUAUAUAAGGUAACGCGGGCAUGUGGCGUACGGUUCUUCCUGGGCGAGCAAGGGGCUGUGUCAGAUAUCGUGUAUAAAAACGGCAAGAGUAUCGGCAUCCAGACAAAGAAUGGUCGAUUCCACGCCGCCGAGCUGGUGAUUGUUGCUGCUGGCGCUGCAGUCUGCAAUCUCGUCCCUGAGCUCGGGAUUCAAGUCGUCGCAAAGUCAUGGUCCGUUGCACACGUGCAUCUCACGGACGAAGAGACAUCAGCAUUGCGCGGUAUUCCUGUCACUUACGCUCGGGACCUUGGCUUUUUUUUCGAGCCUGACCCAAAGACAAAUCUACUGAAGCUGUGUCCAAUGGGAGCUGGGUAUGUCAAUACUGAUCCAGCCACAGGUGUAUCGCAUGCGCCUCGGUCCCUCGAAGUGAGUGCCUUCGUGCCUCAAGACGAUGAACUCCAGAUACGCCGGUUGCUGGCACACACCCUUCCCAAUCUGGCGAGUAGACCAUUAGUGCGCAAGUCAUUGUGUUGGUUUGCGGAUACAAAGGAUUCAGACUUCAUCAUUGACUAUGUGCCGAAAACUUCAUCGACGGUUGUCGUACUCUCUGGUGACUCAGGGCACGGCUUCAAGAUGUUUCCUAUCGUCGGCCGCUGGGUUAAGGAAUUACUUGAGGCGCCCGAUAAGAAGCAACAGGUUGCUAGAUGGCAGUGGAAGAGCCUCGGGACAAACGAUAGAAAGGUAAACUGGGGUGGUGAUGUGAGUUGGAGGCUCGGAGAGCCAAGGGAGUUGAAGGAUAUCCAACCUGGAACGGUGAAGCUUUAA